UGUUCACACUCGCUUUGAACCACUUUUCCCACACAUUUGUAUCCCCUUUCAUAUGGUUACAUAUAGUUACAUCUAUAAAAUAUAUAUGAUGCCUUGACAGAUAGCAUUCAUCCCAUCUCAUAGCUCUUCUGUCCUUAAUUCUUUGAGGAGCUUUAAUCCAAUGGGGAUUGUUAGAGCCCAAGAUGCCUCCUCUUCAGAUUCUCCAUGUAGUUAUCAUGUGUUCUUGAGUUUCAGAGGUGAAGACACUCGCAAGACGUUCACUGACCACCUCUACACAGCUUUAAAUCAUAAAGGAUUUCACACCUUUAGAGAUGAUGACGAGAUUGAAAGAGGAGAAAAUAUUAAGUUUGAAUUGCAGAAAGCAAUUCAAGAGUCGAGGAUUUGAAUAGUUGUCUUCUCAAAAAACUAUGCUUCUUCGAGCUGGUGUCUUGAUGAACUUGUAAUGAUCCUCAAACGUAGAAGGACUACUGGGCAUGUAGUGCUACCUGUCUUCUAUCACGUGGAUCCAUCCCAUGUGAGGAAGCAAAUGGAAAGUUUCGAAGAAGCAUUCACGAGGCAUGAAGAGAGAUUCCAUACAGAAGGGGCUGAAAAAAAAGAUGAAUGGAAGGGCAAGAUACAGGAAUGUAGGGCCGCACUCAAAGAAGCUGCAGAUUUAGCAGGGACGAAUUUACAAAAUCAAGUUGAUGGAUUCGAGUCAAAAUUUAUCCACAAAAUUGUAGAAGUGGUUGUAGACAAACUAAGAUGCACAAUCUUGGGCAAUUCGCCCUACUUGAUUGGAAUGCAUUCUCGAGCCAAAAAUAUUGGGCUUUGGUUACAAGAUGAGAGUAGUGAUGUUGGUAUAGUUGCAAUUUGUGGGAUAGGUGGAAUAGGAAAGACGAUCAUUGCCAAAUUUCUGUAUAAUUCGAACUUCUCAAGAUUCCAAGGUAGUAGUUUUCUUGCAAAUGUAAGAGAAACUCUAAAACAACCAAAUGGUUUACUUCAUUUACAAAAACAACUUCUUUCAGACAUUUUAAAGGGAAGAAAGACAAAGUUGUACAAUGUUGAUCAAGGAAUUGUUCAUAUUAAAGAUGCAUUAUGUUGCAAAAGAGUUCUUGUAAUUCUUGAUGAUGUGGAUACAAUGGACCAAUUAGAUGCAGUACUUGGAAUGCGAGAUUGGCUUUUUCAAGGUAGUAAAAUCAUCAUAACCACUAGACAUGAGCGGUUGCUAAGGGCUCAUGAAGUUUGCCAAGUUCACAAGGUUGAAAUUUUGAAUUAUGGUGAGUCCUUAGAGCUCUUUAGUUGUCAUGCCUUUGGGCAAAACCGUCCCAUUGAUGGUUUUGCAGAGGACUCAGAAAGGGUGGUACAAUAUUGUGGAGGGCUUCCACUAGCUAUAAAAGUUUUGGGUUCUUCUUUGUCAGGAAAAAGUUUAAAUGUUUGGAAAAGUCAAUUGGAAAAAUUGAAAGCAAUCCCUGAUUAUGAAGUUGUUGAAAAGCUCAAAAUAAGCUAUGACUCGUUACCAGAUGAACAUGACAAAAAUUUAUUCCUCCAUGUUGCUUGUUUUUUUGUUGGGAUGGAUGAAGAUUGGGUAGUUACCAUUCUAGAUGGAUGUGAUUUUUACACAACAGUUGGGAUUCAAAAUCUUAUAGAUAGAUGUCUGUUAGCAGUUGAUGAACGCAAAAAGCUAGUGAUGCAUCAAUUGGUUCAAGAAAUGGGAAGAGAAAUUGUUCGCCAAGAAUCACCUAAGGAACUGGGAGAACGUAGUAGACUAUGGAAUCAUAAAGAUUCCUUCAAUGUCUUGAGAGAAAAUACUGGGACGGGAAAGAUUGAAGGCCUCAAACUUGAUAUGAAUUUUUUGGAGGAUAAAUAUGAUAGGACAGUCUUUGGUAUCAAAAGAAAAUGUCAUUUUGAAGAAUUCCUUAGCACAACAUUGUUGUCAAAUGUAGGAAAUUCGUUUAAAAGACUUUGUUUUGGCAUCUUUUCCUGGCAGACAGUAGGCACUGCUCCGCGAAAUUCAGAUAAGAUAGCUUUGGAAGUUGAUGCAUUUGCAAGGAUGCACAAACUAAAACUUUUGCAACUCAAAAAUUUACAAGUCAAUGGAAGCUUUGAAAAUUUUCCGAAAGGAUUACGAUGGUUGUGUUGGCACGGAUUCUCUUUCAACUUUAUAUGCGAUGAUUUUCCUUUGGAUAACCUGGUUGUUCUUGACAUGCAGUAUAGCAACUUACAAAAGGUUUGGGAAGGAACCAGGUUUCUCAAAUCAUUAAAAAUCCUUGAUCUUUGUCAUUCCCACUGCCUUUUCGAAACUCCUGAUUUCUUGGAAGUACCCAAUCUUGGGCGACUAAUACUUGAAAAUUGUGCACGGCUGGUAGAGGUUCAUGAAUCUGUUGGAUACCUUCAGAGACUUGUUUUAUUAAAUUUAAAAGAUUGCAAAAAUCUACGGAAGCUUCCAAGAAGCAUUGUUAUGCUCAAAUUUUUGGAAACACUUGACAUCUCAGGUUGCUCAAAUAUUAAGAAACUGCCACUAGACAUAGGGACUAUGGAUUCUUUAAGAAAGCUCAAUGCAAAUGGAAUUGCCGUAAGACAAUUAUUCUCUACCACUAAGGAGGUCAAACCAUGGUAUUCAUUCAUCUGGCCUUCUCUAUCGAAACCAAGAAAAAGUGUAGAAAUUUCAUGUACUCUUUUACCACGGUAUUUGGUACACUUAAGUCUUGUCGAUUGCAAAUUAUCGGAGGAUGCUUUUCCAAAGGAUUUUUGCAACCUAUUCUCAUUGCAGAUAUUAAAUCUGGGCAAUAAUCCAUUUUGUAGCCUCCCCAAUUGCAUCAAAGGUCUUAUUGGACUUCAGAUCCUUGAAUUAAAUGAGUGUAAAAGGCUUCAAUCAUUUACAGUGGAGCAGAAUUUGAAAGUAUUGUCGGUCACUGAAUGUACAUUGCAGGAGAAAGUAACAUUUCAAUCAUUUCCAUCAUCAACCAUAGAAUUCGACAACCUUUAUGAUUUAUAUAUAAUGCGGCAGAAUUUGAGAGAGUUCUACAGCUCAAAAUGUGCGUUUUAUUCAGCUCCAUCAACUAUGCAAUAUAAUAACAUAUGGGAGAAUCAAUUUGUUGUGAAAAACUAUUGGAGACCAUUGCUAUACUGUGAUAUGUGCAACAAUAUAGUUAAGAUUAUGGGCGAACUUAAGUUAGAACCCAUAGGGAAUAUUGACAUGGAGAUAAUGAAUAAUUUGGGCUUGCCGAGCUUUGGAUCCAUGGGAAGCCCAACUGUUACGCUUUCAAGCACCUACUUAGAUAAUUCAAGGAAGCUUCCCCUACAGGUCUCUCUGUCUCUCUCUCUCUCUCUCUCUCUCUCUCUCUCUCCUCUCUCUCUCUCUCUCUCUCUCUCUCUCUCUCUCUCUCUCUCACUCACUCAAAAGAAACAAAACUAAAAAUAAUAAAAAAAUUGUAAUGGUUAAAUUAUGGUUUCUUUGGUACAGGGAUGUCAUGAACAACAUAUAUUUUAUGCUUAUAUUCCGGGAAGCAAGAUUUCAACUUGGUUUAAUCUUAAAAAUACAGGAUCUUCAUUAUCUUUUAUUGUGCCAUCACAUUUCAGAAUUCAAGCUUUAAGUGUGUGUUCUAUUUAUGCACUUUCCAAACAUCCAAAACAUCCUUACUAUAAUUGUGAUGCACAUAUUAUUAUCAAUAAUACAACCAAGGUCUAAUUUGGAGCCAU